AUGGCCCUGGACAUCCCGCCCCCGGCCGGGCCCCUGUGGAUCCUGGGAGACGUGUUCAUCGGGCAGUACUACACAGUGUUUGACCGCGACAGCAACCGCGUCGGCUUUGCCCCAAAUAUUUUCAAAUUGGAAUCAGGACCUACACUGCAAAACACCCUCACCCUCACCCUCACCCUGACCCUCACCCUGAUCCUCACCCUCACCCUCACCCUCACCCUGAUCCUCACCCUCACCCUGACCCUGACCCUCACCCUGACCCUCACCCUGAUCCUCACCCUCACCCUCACCCUCACCCUCACCCUGACCCUCACCCUGAUCCUCACCCUCACCCUCACCCUCACCCUCACCCUGAUCCUCACCCUCACCCUCACCCUGAUCCUCACCCUCACCCUCACCCUCACCCUGACCCUCACCCUCACCCUGAUCCUCACCCUCACCCUCACCCUGACCCUGACCCUCACCCUGAUCCUCACCCUCACCCUGACCCUCACCCUCACCCUGACCCUCACCCUCACCCUCACCCUGACCCUCACCCUCACCCUGACCCUCACCCUGAACCUCACCCUCACCCUGACCCUCACCCUCACCCUGAUCCUCACCCUCACCCUCACCCUGAUCCUCACCCUCACCCUGACCCUCACCCUGAUCCUCACCCUCACCCUCACCCUGAUCCUGACCCUCACCCUCACCCUGAUCCUGACCCUCACCCUCACCCUCACCCUGAUCCUCACCCUGAUCCUCACCCUCACCCUGACCCUCACCCUGACCCUCACCCUGAUCCUCACCCUCACCCUCACCCUGAUCCUCACCCUCACCCUGACCCUCACCCUGAUCCUGACCCUCACCCUCACCCUCACCCUGAUCCUCACCCUCACCCUCACCCUCACCCUGAUCCUCACCCUGAUCCUGACCCUCACCCUCACCCUCACCCUGAUCCUCACCCUCACCCUGACCCUCACCCUGAUCCUGACCCUCACCCUCACCCUCACCCUGAUCCUCACCCUCACCCUCACCCUCACCCUGAUCCUGACCCUCACCCUGAUCCUCACCCUGACCCUCACCCUGAUCCUCACCCUCACCCUGACCCUCACCCUGAUCCUCACCCUCACCCUGACCCUCACCCUGAUCCUCACCCUCACCCUGACCCUCACCCUGAUCCUCACCCUCACCCUCACCCUGAUCCUCACCCUCACCCUGACCCUCACCCUCACCCUCACCCUGAUCCUCACCCUCACCCUGACCCUCACCCUGAUCCUCACCCUCACCCUGAUCCUCACCCUCACCCUGACCCUCACCCUGACCCUCACCCUGAUCCUGACCCUCACCCUGACCCUCACCCUGAUCCUCACCCUCACCCUGACCCUCACCCUGAUCCUCACCCUGAUCCUGACCCUCACCCUCACCCUCACCCUGACCCUGAUCCUCACCCUCACCCUCACCCUCACCCUCACCCUGAUCCUCACCCUCACCCUGACCCUCACCCUGAUCCUCACCCUGAUCCUGACCCUCACCCUCACCCUCACCCUGACCCUGAUCCUCACCCUGAUCCUCACCCUCACCCUCACUCUGACCCUGACCCUCACCCUCUGGUCUCAGACGUUCAGUGUGUGUUCUACUGAUGGUUUUAAAUCAGAUUUGAGAAUAAAGAGCUUUUAA